AUGGAGUGGAGAGUCGGAGAAUUUCAGAUUUUGGAGUCCAAUGUGGUUGGUUGCAGAACGUUGUGUGUGGAGGCCAUAGCUAGAUUGGGGACACUAUGGAGAGAGAGAGAGAAUGAAGUUGAUAUUGGAAGUAACUAUGCCAUUCAUCACACUUCACGUGUUAUUGCCACCCAAAUAUUUAAUGGAGACAAAGAAUGUGCACAACCCACAUUUUUAAAAAGCAAAUUGCCCACAGAGAUACAAACCAAUGUGGGAAUUCCUGUGCCAAUCUUUUCAACCAAAGUGGUGGAUCUCACAUGUUUGAGACGCAACAAUGAGAGACAAACGAAACCGAAUGACGUCCAGGGUGACUUGGGGUUGGUUCCUGAAGCUGGGGAAAAAAAGAGAGAUGAUAGAUCUGAUGAAAGG